AACGCCACUCACGCCCGAGGCCUUGGGCGCUGCACACACUCUACGCUGCACGGUUGCGGUCUGCACCAGCCCUUCGUGGGAGAUCCAGAGCCGAGAUGGCCGUCCUCUCCAAGGAGUAUGGGUUCGUGGUUCUGACCGGGGCCGCCAGCUUCAUCAUGGUGGCUCACCUGGCCAUCAACGUCUCCAAGGCCCGCAAGAAGUACAAGGUGGAGUAUCCCACCAUGUACAGCAUGGACCCUGAGAAUGGGCACCUCUUCAACUGCAUCCAGCGAGCCCACCAAAACACGUUAGAAGUGUACCCGCCUUUCUUAUUCUUCCUAGCUGUGGGAGGUGUGUACCACCCGAGAGUAGUUUCGGGCUUGGGCUUGGCCUGGAUUGUUGGACGAGUUCUCUAUGCCUAUGGCUACUACACAGGAGAACCCAGCAAGCGGAGCAGAGGAGCCCUGGGCUCCAUCGCCCUCCUUGGCUUGAUGGGCACAACUGUGUGCUCUGCCUUCCAGCAUCUGGGCUGGGUUAAGACUGGCUUGGGCAGUGGGUCCAAAUGCUGCCAUUAAGGAAUGCUGGCGUGUCUAGAAGCCCUCAUUCAUUUUGAAUGACUUACUUUUAUUUCCACUUACUUUUUUUUUCUUCUAAAUAUAAUAAAAUUUAUCUGGCAUCAGCCUCGUACAUAA